GUCCAAAUUGAAACGCGCUCAAUCUCCCUCUCUCUCUGCGAAAGCGGAAAGAAAGUGAAUUGAGUGGAGAUCUCGGUGAUUACUUAAUCCGCGGUCGCCUUCACGAUCAGGCAUCGAACCCUGGCUCCGAAAAAUAUUUGGAAGGCGCAAAUUAAUGGCUCUUACUUAAAGACCUUUCCCCGCCCCUCGAGCGUUGACAGUUGGGCGGAGAAAACAGAAGUAUUUGAAUAUUAUAAUACAAAACAGAUCGAGCAGAAGAUACAAGACAUUUACCCGAUAUUUUGAUAAUUUAGAAAGCGAAGCUGCAUACCAAAUAGGCUAGAUCUGGAGACACCUCUAAGCGGCCAACGUCGGUCAGUUUCAGUGGCAUUCAGUUACAGCUCGGAUUCGGAGGUUACACCAUAGCCUCGACUUGCUUUCCCCGUUUUCCUCGGUUACGUGCACUCGGGCGAUCUCGUACUGACUGCACUUGCUACUUUUACUGGUGUCUAACAUUCGCGUGAAAACCAAAACCAAAAUCAGUGAUAAUGCUUCGCCCCACGCUCAUCGUAGUGCUCAUUUCGCUGGCCAGUGUCGAUUCCGGCCACAAUACACCGCCAAACAAAAUUCCGGUGACAGUGCACGUCAGCAAUGUGCCACACGGAUUCCAUCUGAACAAAAACAAUCACAUCGCCAGCACCAGCACCAGCAGCAAUAUUAGCCACAAUCCAGAGGAAAAUGGCCGUAAUAAGAGAGGCACCCAACUUGAUCAAAGCGAGAUAGCUCGCCAGAAUCAGAUUACGCAGCAGAUAUUUGCCAACUAUUUGGAGCGGCGACUGUUUCCCAAUCGCACGGCCAACCAAAAGAUUCCCACCAUCGCGGAUAUCCUGCCGAAGCCCAAGCCAUCGCCCAGGCCACGUCCUCGCGGAUUUGCGGCGAGUGAUGGGCGAAAUUUCAAGAGGAGCGGUGGUGGAGCUCAAAGGAAUCGCCUGGCAGCUGCGGCCUCCAAAAGACAAAGCGGCUACAAUCGCAAACGUCUUCAGGAGGUGGAGGAGGAGGAGGAGGAUGAACAGGAUCAGGAUCAGGAUAGGGAUCAGCAGCAGCAGGCCAACCAGGAGGACUUCGACUACGAUGUGCAGGAAUCGCUGCAGAGCGUGGAAUCAGAGCAACACGAUCAGUACUAUGGCAACAUUUUCCAUCGCGAUCCCAGCGAAAAUGAAGUCGAUGCUGACUGCCCCAACUGCGUGGACGAGUCGCAGUACACGCCGAAUAAGUGGACGAUGCCGUUGCUGAAACUUGGGGAGAAGCGCUACUACCUCGGCAUCUUCUUCAAGGCAAACUGGUUCAAAGCCACACAAUAUUGCCGAUACCAUGGCAUGCAUUUGGCCAGCAUUUCAUCACAGGAAGAGAACGAUAGACUGGAGAAGCACAUACGUGACUUUGGCCUGGGCCACGAACAUUUCUGGAUUUCCGGCACUGACCUGGCGGAUGAGGGCAACUUCUUCUGGAUGGCCACCGGUCGCCCCAUCACAUUCACGAACUGGAACGCCGGAGAGCCGAACAAUUUCCGGUACGAGAACGGCGAGGAGGAGAACUGCCUGGAGCUGUGGAAUCGCGACGGCAAGGGCCUCAAGUGGAACGACUCGCCCUGCAGCUUCGAGACCUACUUCGUCUGCGAGGUGCAGCCCAAUUAAGGCGAUAGCCCAGGGUCGGCACUCCACAUCCGUACUCCGUACUCCACAUGCGAUAGUGAUUAGCUAGUUGGGUCGAACUGGGAUCAAGCGCAGUUGAUCCGCCGAAAGUGAAAGUGAAGGUGAAUGUGAAUGUGAAUGUCGGACACGACAGCUGAACGAUCUAAAUUCGCGUAUUCUUAGCUUAGUUGUCUAAGUGUAAAAAUCUUCUUGGUAAUUAGCUAGUAAGCCUAAUUAAAUUAUGCCUAGGAUUGCCUGUAUUUUCUCAUGUAAAGUAUAAGCGAAAAAAAUUAAUAAAAAUUAAACAAUUUGAUAAUGACAAAA